AUGACGACAAACCCGUUCAAGUUCAACAAGGAGGACCCGAUGGGCGUGCCGUACGCGACCCUGUUCUACCUCCUGUUGCUGAUCACGAUCGUGCUGGCGUGGCUGUCGCAGCCAAAGGUCGAGAAGGCGCUGGGCGCCGAGGCGCGCCGUCUGAAGUGGCUCUACCUUGCCGUCUGGUACGUGUGCGUCGCGGGCGACUGGCUGCAGGGGCCCUACGUCUACGCGCUCUACGACGCCUACGGCUUCAGCCGCCACGAGAUAUCGCAGCUGUUUGUCGCCGGCUUCGGCUCCUCGAUGUUUUUCGGAACUUUUGUCGGCUCCUUCGCGGACAAGAUCGGGAGGAAGAGGGGCUGCCAGCUCUACUGCAUGCUCUACAUCGCUUCCUGCUGUACCAAGCACUUCGCCAACUACUGGGUCCUCAUGGUCGGGCGCGUCACCGGCGGCAUUGCCACCUCCCUGCUGUUCUCUGGGUUCGAGAGCUGGCUCGUGUCGGAGGCGUGCGAGAAGCGAAGGCUCGACAAGGACGCACUCGGGCACAUCUUUGCCCUCAUGUGGUUCGGCAACUCCCUGGUGGCCAUCGUCGCAGGGAUUCUGGGCGACGUCACCGUGGGGUUCGGCGGCCUCACGAAGCUGGGCGAGACCGCCUUCCACGUGGGGGGCUUCUGCUCGCCAUUCGACCUCGCCAUACUCUUGCUGGUGGUCGGCCUGCUGCUCAUCAGCUUCCUCUGGGAGGAGAACUACGGCACCUCGGAGGCCUCGCAGCCCAGCAGCGAGCAGGAGGGCCUUGCCAAGCAGGUGAUGGACGGCGCCCAGGCCAUCGCCAGCAGCAAGACGUUGAUGAUCAUCAUGGGGAUGGUGGCAUGCUUCGAGGGGUCCAUGUACACAUUCGUCUUCAACUGGACCCCGGCGCUGAGCAACUCGCUGUCCACGCCCGCCUUUGGCAUGGUCUUCGCGAGCUUCAUGAUGGCGUACAUGUGCGGCUCGUCCACCUUCGACAUCCUCCGGGGCAGGGGAGCGUCGGCCACUCAGCUGGCGCAGUGGGCGUUCUUCCUCGGAGCCGCUGCGUUCCUCGUCGCCGGCUGCGCGUUCAUGAUGAGCCUGAGCGUGACGACCAUGGAGCUGAUCUACUCGGGCUUCAUCCUCUUCGAGUUCUGCUGCGGGCUCUACUUCCCCUCUGUCUCCACCAUCAAGGGCCAGGCCGUGCCGGAGAGCAUCCGCAGCACCGUCUACAACAUCUACCGCGUGCCCAUGAACGCGAUCGUGCUGGCCGUCCUCCUCGGCAACAUCUCGAUGACCUCCGUGUUCGUCACCUGCUUCGUGCUGCUGACCUCGGCCGGGCUGUCCAUCCGCGGCCUCAGGGAGGUGCCCGAGAAAGGCCUCGGGGCGCUCGACGUUCUCGCCGCGGGGCCCAUCCUGCAGGGCGCGAAGGGCGACGUGGAGAGCUACGGCGCGGCCACCGCCACGGCUCAGUGA